AUGUACCCGCAGCGCCAUCCUCACCACCUUUGCCAAGGAUGGCGACGCAUGACUUCACCGGGGGGUGGGGCCGAGGCCGGCGGCGAGCAGCACCACAAGCAUAUGGAGCAGCUCGCCCAGCUCGGCGCCGUUGCAGCCGGAGCGUACGCGCUGCACGAGAAGCACAAGGCGAAGAAGGACCCCGAGAAUGCGCGGUCACACAGGAUCAAGGAGGAGAUCGCAGCCACGGUCGCAGUUGGGAGUGCCGGCUUCGCCUUCCAUGAGCACCACAAGAAGAAAGACGCUAAGAAGCAUGGCCACCACCAUUGA